AUGGCGGCCACGACCGGCUUUCGUGGUGACUACCCAAUCGAAAAUCUCACGGCAGCACACCAUACGACCGCUGCGAACAAGCCCUUAAAUCAAGGCAUUCGAGCUUACCAGGCAAAGACCCCAGGUCCUCAUAGAACACCGUUCAGAGCCCGCAACGAUGAGAACGCACCGUUGAACACAGUCAAAGCCGCAAAGAAUGUCUUCGUGACGCCAGCUCCCAGAAUAGCAGCUCGAGCGCCUCUAGGUGCCAAAACCACAAAUGCCAAGGCUCAAGCAUUUCAGACUCCAGCUCCAGGCUUGAAGCCAGCACCCUCUAAGCUUGAGCAGACCCUGAAGCGUCCCUCAACCACUCGUCGUUCCGUCAAGAAGCAGGUCUUCGUUGACCCACAACCAGCGGCUGACUCUGCUGAUGCGCAGCUGGAUGAGGACACAGACAAUGAGCCAGACUUUGGCUAUGCUCCUCCGGAAGCCCAACCCCUGCCAGAUUCACCGAUAGACUUCAGCGAAAUCGAUCAAACAUACUCGGUCCUUAAACCGGAGAACAUCAAUCGUGGUAUAGAGCAAAUCUACUUCCAGUCACCUAAGGAUGAGAAUGGUUUUUCGAUCAGUCAGAAGAAGCAGGAAGAAGAGGACAAAAACUCAUUACAACAAGAUCUAGAAAGCAUACUACAAGUGCCUGUCAUUAAAAACUCAGACCCAGAUGACCAAGUGAAGGCAAUGAUUGCUGCUGGACCAAGAUCCUCGAAAUCUCACUCCAGAACGAAGUCGCAAGCUCAACAAUCACAAGUCGAUACCAUCAGGGCUCGUAGUGCCGCCUCGGCCCUAUCUCGUCCCACCACUGUGAGAAAACAUCAAAGACUCCCAUCUACAGCAACAAAAGAUACGGCAUCCACCAAGUCAAAACGAAAGCCUACCUUUGCCGUCGCUACAGACAUUGCGCCACCUCGAUCCGUGCCUGGACCAAUCUCCAGAACCACAAUCGGCUUCCCCAAAGCCAAGAAACCAGCCUCUAUCCUACCAACCGCCACUCAGAAACAGCCACUGACAGACCGAACAGGCAUGUCCUCUAAGGUCCAACGACCAUCUGAGCACGAGCUGGCCCAAUCUCAGAUCUCGCCAAGAAAGUUCGUCGAGCUUUACGGUGAACCGCCAGUCGAGAGUGAGAUGUGGUUCAGACUCAUGGCGCUUGAGAUCAAAGACAGACACAGAGACGAUGUCGAUCGUCAAGAAGAGGAUAACAUCUUCCAACUUGAUAUGGAUCAGGACUUGGACGACAAACUUAGGAUGCGAUCUCAUGUAGAGGAAGACUUUGAGCUGAACCUUGACGACUUCUAA